GCGAGUAGCAGCCGGGCGUCGUGGUUUCGGUUGGCUGGGAGGAAGAGGAAUAACGAAUGUAGGAGCCAAGAAGAAUUCCUCGUUGGCGAACGGCGCUGGAGCGACAAUAUCCACAGGAUUUCUGAAACGUUUUACGGACUACACAUGUCUCCUUAGGGAAAUUUAGGGAAGUUUUCCCCUCACGCGUUCCCGGAUCGGAUAAGGUCUGUGAUUUGAGUGGCCUUUGAGCUUUAUGAUUGUUCCAAAAAGAUUAGGAAAGGUUAGUCCUUUCCUACUAAAGAAAUGAGUGUGAGAGGAGGAAGCAACAGCAGUGUGGAGCUUGUCCAUCUCAACACCUCCUCACAGAAUACCAGAAGUCUCGAUCCAGGAUGCUUUCUUCCCCACAACCCCUGCCCUCAUCUUUGGCCCUGAGACUACAGUGGGCUCCAUGAACAUGUACAGAGAUACAGGGGUGUGUGCCACCCCCCUCUCUCAACCUCUUCCUCCACCCCAUCUCCGUCUACCCCUCCAUAAUGGCCACUCUUCCAUGGGCGAUCCUGCACCACCCCGUGUCUCAAUGCCCAAAAUGGGGGUUCGAGCUCGGAUUGCUGAGUGGCCUCCACGCAGGGCACUGUCAAGAGAAUCGCUGCUUGAGAAUGGCCAAGGCAAUCAUCCGGAUGACGUCAACAGUGAGGAUGGGCUUACACAUGGAGGUGUGACCAGGUUGCCACAGCGAGUAACCAGGGAUGGUGACUUCCUUGAAUCAGGUCUGAGGCCUCCAGGCACACCACCAAGGUUUCGGGCUUCUGUAUUUGCUCCCCUCCGACAGCGCUCCAACAGCGAGAUUACAUUAAGUGAGCAAGAUGAAUCGGAGGUCGAAAGUCGCUUGUUCCGGGAAUAUGGCAGUACCUCUUCCAUCAACGUACAGGCUGUGUCUGAGCAAAGCUUCUUUGAUAUGCUAAAUCAGUUUCAACAGGAGCGACCAGACCAGCGUAGCACAGCCCCUGCCAAGCUUGGAGAGCUGCUUGGUGCUUCUUUAGAGGGACCUUCUUCACAUGCCUUCUUGUCAACGCCACAGCCCGAUGACCGCCCGGAGAAUCGUGUACGCAAAAAGAGUGGGGGAACAGAGUCAUCCCUUGGCACCUCCUCUUUAUUCCGCAAACUCCGUAGCUCCAGUCGGGGUGAAACGGAGAAUCCACGUGGUGAUGCGGAUGACACACGGCCCCCCGAGACAUUGUCUUCCAAACCCUGGCUAUGUGUGCGAAGUUUUGCCCACUAUGACUCUCAGAGCGUUCUGUUUGACUUGCACGAGGCAGCAGCUCGGCGUAGCUACGCCGCCCAACGGCGAAAUACGGCCACCGGAGCUUCGGCUGCCUCUUCAGCUGCUCUUUCUUUGGCAGUUUCCAGAGCUAUUGCUCUGGGGGGAGUGGAGCCCAACUUUUCUAGCACUGAUGACCUCAGUGUCAGAGACCUAUCAGAAGGAUCAACCCUAGGACUAGAACAUUCAGAGCAAGGUGGUUCAGCUAGCGUUAACCCCAACUCUCAGCAACAGUUGUUGCUGAGCUGCCCGCACUUUCUCAAUGAGACCGGAAGCUGUGGGGAACGUAACGUCAGCUUCUUGAGCUCGUGGGCAGAGCGAGGAGAGCCUGCUGUGGUGGAGGCUCAGCUUCAUCUUCGCUGCAGUAAUGCCAGUGUGUCCAAACUGGAGUUACUGCCAGAAGUUCGGGCAUCGAGGUUAGAGAGACUGCAGAAGCACUGCAUCGAGCAUGUUGACCUGGGUGCCAAAUACUACCAUGAGCACUUUUUUGGGAAAGAGCACUGGAACUACUUUGGUACCGAUGAGAAGCUGGGGCCCGUGGCUCUGAGUAUCCGGCGAGAGAAACUGGACGAUACCAAAGAUUUAAAGGACCAGUACCAGUACCGCAUCAUCUUUCGCACUAGUGAGCUGGUCACAUUGCGAGGAGCGAUACUGGAGGACGCGGUUCUGUCCACAGCGAAGCACGGAACGGUUCGUGGUUUGCCUUUAAAAGAAGUUCUGGAGUAUGUGCUGCCAGAGCUCAGCGUAUCUUGUCUGCGAUUGGCUCUCAGCACGCCAAAGGUCACAGAGCAGCUUCUUAAACUGGACGAGCAGGGGCUCAGUCAGAAACACAAAGUGGGCAUCCUGCUGUGUCGAGCGGGGCAGAGCACGGAGGAGGAGAUGUACAACAAUGAAGAGGCUACGCCAGCCUUCACCGCCUUCCUCGAUCUGCUGGGAGAAACUGUGUGUCUGAGGGGUUUCAACAAAUAUGCUGCCCAGCUAGACACCAAAACGGACUCAACUGGAACACACUCCUUGUAUACCACCUAUCAGGACUACGAGAUCAUGUUUCACGUGUCCACCAUGCUUCCAUACAUGCCCAAUAAUCCUCAACAGCUCCUGAGGAAGAGGCACAUAGGAAAUGAUAUAGUCACGAUUAUAUUCCAGGAGCCAGGAGCCCAUCCGUUCACUCCACAGAAUGUUCGCUCUCACUUCCAGCACGUGUUCGUCAUUGUCCGUGUGCACAACCCUUGCUCUGACAACACCUGCUACAGUGUGGCAGUGACCCGCAUGAAGGACGUCCCUCCGUUUGGUCCGGCGAUACCUUCAAAUGGCAUGAUGUUCCGUGACCCCGCUGCCUUUUGUGCUUUUCUGCUGGCCAAGAUCAUUAAUGCAGAGAAUGCUGCGCACAAAUCAGAGAAGUUUCACGCCAUGGCAACCCGCACACGCCAAGGAUACCUGCGGGACCUGGCGGAGAACUGUGUUUCCACUACACCGCUCGACACUGCUGGCAAACUGAACAAUCUCAUCUCUCUGGCCUCCAAACGCAAAGAACGCGUCCGGGCUCGCGAAGCAGCAGAAAUGGGUGCCGCCGGGGCGCUUAUUUGGCGAGUACUUGCGCAGGACUACAGUGGCGGAGGCGCCGAGCUUCCUUGUGCUCUUGCCGUCUCCAAUGAGUAUAUAGUGCUGGCGGACUGCUCCACCAAAGAGGUGGUGUUUAACUGUUUCUGUGCUGAUGUGAUUGGCUGGACGGCAGAAAGACUUGCACUGAAGAUUUUCUAUGGCAGAGGAGACCAUGUGGCCUUACGGGUACCUGAGGGCAGCGCACAAGAUAUCAGAGAGGUGCUGCAGAGACUUAAGGCAUUGACUGUAGGUUGUGAGACGGUUGAUAUGACAUUGCGACGUAAUGGUUUAGGGCAGCUUGGUUUCCAUGUGCGUUUGGACGGAACGGUGUCCGAGGUGGAGGAAUACGGUUUCGCUUGGCAGGCGGGACUCCGGCAGGGUAGCCGAUUGGUGGAAAUCUGCAAGGUUGCAGCGGUGACACUCUCCCAUGAUCAGAUGAUCGACUUACUGCGGACGUCAGUCACUGUAAAAGUGGUCAUUAUUCCACCUUAUGAAGAGGGUGGGGCCCGCAGGGGCUGUACGGAGGAGUACGAGAUGAAGAUGAUGGAGCAGAAGGGAGAAGCGGAGCCAGUGGCUGCAGGGUAUCGUGCGGGGCAGCGGACCCCAGUAUGGCGUUGGGACAGUCCCCCGGGUACACACAGCUCUGCCCAGCGCUGGACCCCCAGCGGACCCCCACCAGUCCCCAGCCGUACCCACAAAGCUCUGGUCCCCAUUCCAUACAGAGAGCCCCAACACAUCUCUGCUAAAAGGCCUGUCAGUUACCCAGAGAACCAUUACAGUGUGUCUCCUCUUGGCGGGGACAGAGGGAUGGCGUACAGAAACCCUUCGGCUAGUUUCUCCAGUCCAGCCUCUGGGUUUAACUCCACUGCACUGGGAGUGCCGGGACACAGCGGACCCUUCAUCCGCUAUAAACCCUCCCGAGACGGGUUUGGGUCAGUCCAGCGGCCUCUCCAGCCAUUUGACCCACAUGUUUCUAUUGACGGCUCCAGUGGAGAAUCAUCAUCUGGUUUCACUAGCCAAGAAAGCACGAUGGAACGCAACAAAUCAGAGCCCAUGUGGCAUGUUCCUGCAUCAUCACGAGGUGUGUCAGUCGCCUCCGCUCAGAGAAGACAGACCCGACAGGACGUUGCAGGGAAAGACUCUCCAAACCGGCACUCUAAGGGUGAGGCACACUAUUCCAGUCACUCCAGCAGUAACACACUCUCCAGCAAUGCUUCCAGCAGUCACAGCGACGAGCGCUGGUUUGACGGGAUGGGAGGUGGGGUUUCCGGUGUCCUGAGUGACCCCUCAGACCCCGACCCGGACCUAAUGGGCAAGGGAGGGUCCAGUGACAGUGGCAUCGAUGCAUCUCUCUACACACCAAGUCCCAACACUAAAGGAGCCAAACCUAGCCGCAGUCUUGCAGGAACCCCCCACAAACCCCUGCAUGGCUCUGCUACCUACAGCGGCUUGCAGGAUCUGUCAGGAGCCGGAGAGGGGCGGCGCAGGGAGUCGUCACCCAUCAUCGCUGCAUCAGCCAGUCAAAGCAAGAACUACCGCACACGCACAUUCCCCCCUCCGGGAUCGGCCAACGCUGACAACUUCAAAGCAAGGGCCUGCUAUACCCCCCAAGGGUUUAAGACCCCUGCUGUGGCCGAUAAACCCCGGCCUUUCAGAUCUUCAACAGUCACACCCAUGUCAGGAUCCGCCCAGCUGUCAAGCUCCGCCCCCAAGUCAUUUAGUAAAAGCAAGAGUGCAUGGCAACAGGAGGAGAACAUCACAGCAACCAGCACCACCUCCACCGACAGCAACAAGCAGGUGGAUAUGAACAGUAAGAACGUGUUCGGACAGCCUCGGUUACGUGCCUCUCUGAGGGACCUGCGCUCACCACGCAGAAAUCACAAGAGCACCAUUGAAGACGACUUGAAAAAGCUCAUCAUUAUGGACAACCCUGCGGAUACACCAUCACGGGAUGCGUCUCCUCAUCGGACCCUGCAACGUACUUUCUCAGAUGAGAGUCUGUGCAGUGGACGGAGAGAUUCUAGUUAUGCAAGCACGCCUCUUUUUGAAGGACAAGUGCCGCCCAGUGACCUUCUCUUCACCUGCACGCUGCCUAUUCGUCGCCACGGUCACAACACCAACCUUGGAGCCCUCAUGCCCAGUAAGAAAGUACCGUUGUCUGCAUCCGAGUUGUCAUUGACUGAAGUGAGGGAUAAGGUUCCUCCUCUCAGAAGACUGGACCCUGGACUCAUACCUCUUCCUGACACUGCCUGUGGACUGGAGUGGUCCAGCCUCGUCAAUGCAGCCAAAGCAUAUGAAGUGCAAAGAGCAGUUUCUUUGUUCUCAUUGUCUGAGUCUCACGCGGGCAGCAAUGAGCUGAGACCCGUCAUCAGUCCGGUGCCUUUCCACACGCCACAGACUCCCCGCACCACUCCUACUUUCAGCAGUGAAGAGGUUCCCAAUGACCUGUCUGGGCGUCUGUAUCAUCUGGAAGUCAUGCUGAAACAGCUGAACACUGAUCUGGAAAAAGAGAAACAGGACAAGGCCGUGUUGUUAGCAGAGAUGGCUAAUCUGAGGCACAACAACCACCGUCUGCAAGAGGAAUCGCACUCAGCCAGUGAACAGCUCCGCAAGUUCAGUAAACUCUUAUCCUCUACCAUUCCUGAGAGGAAAUGAGUGCUUCCUUUCAUUUGAGAAGAGAAGAUGAGAGGGGAUCUUCACGUACCUGUACUGUGCCUAAAAUAUGGCAUGUUUAGCUCAUUUAAUUCAAAGUCUCUUAUCGCCCAGUUCAUCCACUGUCCCGCUCGCCCUCAUAUAAGGCAAGUCUGCCAGCUCGUCCUCACCACACAGAAACCCGUGAGCUUUAUGAAAGUGUGACGGAGGGAACUGAGAGUUUAUGCGGGUCUGCCAGAUGACUUGAGACUUUAAAGCUUUAAAUUAAAGCCGGUACAGAAGUACAAAGUAUAUUUUUACACACACACACAAACACACAUACACACACAC